AUGGCGGCCGGCGGGCUGGGGCGGCCGGGGAGGCCGGGGCGCGGAGGGAACAAGCAGAUGCAGAAGACCAUCAACAACGUCAAGAUCACGCUCAUAUGCGGCUUCAUCACCAUCCUCGUCCUCCGCGGCACCGUCGGCAUCAACCUCAUCGCCUUCUCCGGCGACGGCGGUGGCGACGCGGCAGCCGACGCCAAGGUCGCCGAGGACAUCGAGCGCAUUCUCCGCGAGAUACGCUCCGACUCUGACCCCGACGACGAGGACCAGCUCGUCGUCGAUGCGUCCUUGUCAGGCAACUCGACGGCCAUGCCCGUCGUCGAGGAGAAGAACUACACCCUCGGCCCCAGCAUCACGCGGUGGAACGCCAAGCGCCGGCAGUGGCUGUCCCAGAAUCCGGGGUUCCCUUCCCGCGACGCGCGGGGCAACCCGAGGAUCCUGCUGGUGACCGGGUCGUCGCCGGGGCCGUGCGACAACCCGGCCGGCGACCACUACCUGCUCAAGUCAACCAAGAACAAGAUCGACUACUGCCGCCUCCACGGCAUCGAGAUCGUGCACAACAUGGUGCACCUCGACCGUGAGCUCUCCGGCUACUGGUCCAAGCUGCCACUGCUGCGCCGCCUGAUGCUGUCGCACCCGGAGGUGGAGUGGGUGUGGUGGAUGGACAGCGACGCGCUCUUCACCGACAUGGGCUUCGAGAUCCCGCUCUCCCGCUACGAGGGGAGCAACCUCGUCAUCCACGGCUACCCUGAGCUCCUCAACAAGCAGCGCUCCUGGGUGGCCCUCAACACCGGCAGCUUCCUGCUCCGGAACUGCCAGUGGUCCAUGGAGCUGCUGGACGCGUGGGCGCCCAUGGGGCCCAAGGGCCGCGUCCGCGAGGCGGCCGGGAAGGUGCUGACGGCGAGCCUGACGGGCCGGCCGGCGUUCGAGGCGGACGACCAGUCGGCGCUCAUCCACCUGCUGCUCACGGAGAAGGAGCGGUGGAUGGAGAAGGUGUACGUGGAGAACCAGUACUACCUCCACGGCUUCUGGGCGGGGCUGGUGGACAAGUACGAGGAGAUGAUGGAGAAGCACCACCCGGGGCUCGGCGACGAGCGCUGGCCCUUCAUCACGCACUUCGUCGGGUGCAAGCCCUGCGGCAGCUACGGCGACUACCCGGUGGAGCAGUGCCUCACCGGCAUGGAGCGCGCCUUCAACUUCGCCGACAACCAGGUGCUCAGGCUCUACGGCUUCCGGCACCGCUCGCUGACCAACCCCAAGGUGAAGCCCGUGGCGAACCGGACGGCGAGCCCGCUCCUGAACAAGGAGGCGUCUCUCAAGAUGGACGCCAAGAUCGAAACUUAA